AGCAGAUUGUCCCUACUAUGCUAAGGCAGAACUCCUUGCUGACUAUCUGGGGAACAAUUUGCCUAACUUCAGGAUACACAAGAUUGUUCAACAUCCCGACAACUGGGAGAAGUGGCUUCAGGAGAUCUGUAAUGAGAAUGGCUGGAAACACAAACGCUCCCCAAUUAUUUGGAGAGAACUGUUGGACCGUGGUGGAAGGGGCCUUCUUCUAGGGGGAUUCAAUGAUUUUCUAGAACAUGCUCAGCAAUACUAUAACAUCACAUCAGAUAUGAUGACUAAAGAGAUGUUACUAAUAGCUAAUGAGAACUUGCAGACUUGCACAGAAAUUGAAGCAGAAGAGAAAGAACUAAAAAGUCUUAUCAACCCCUUGCACAUUUGGCUUAAUAGAGCAUGCAGUUCUGCCUGCUAUCAUCUGAUCCCUUUAUUAACCAAUGGAGAAAUAUUUGGAAUGGAAACUGAGAUAAGCCUUCAUUUGUUUGACAGAAGUAGUUUCAAAGAAAUUCUUCACGGUAUUGUCAUGGAGACCCAAGAUUUAGCAUCCCCAGUCCUUCGUAGUGUCACCUUGCAUACUGAACUGGAGGAGAUUUUCCUUGAUGCUGAUAUCAUCAUUUUGUUUGACGACAUCCUACAGGAAACAAUCCCAACACUCGAACACUGUAUCCACCAAGUGACUAAUCAAUGUAAAACAUAUGGCCCUUUGAUAGAGCAGAAUGCCAAAAGCAAUGUCAAAAUUAUUGUGAUGGGAAAAACUUUUACCAACCUUAAGUCAUUAAUGCUUAUGACAUAUGCACCCUCUAUAAAUCCUAGAAAUAUUAUCACUCUUGCCAUGCUGUUGGAAAGUGAAGCCAAGGCUAUGGUAGCAAGAAAAAUGCAAAUGCACCCAGCAGGAAUAAAAAACCUCAUUGUCUGGGGGAACAUCAGUGGCAAUAGCUUCGUUGAUCUGAGUAAAACAGAGCUAUAUAGAUAUGAUAGUGCCAUCUGGGGCCCACCAAGUUUUUUUCGUCCUUUGUUGGAUGUGCUAUUUGAUCGUGAAUGGAUGGAAAUUGAAUUUGUGGCUUCAUUGAGUUCAUUAAGUUCUUGGAGAGCUCGUGAUUUAGGAAUGGCACCUGCACAUACAGUUGCUACUGUGCUGAGAUACUGGUACCAAGGAUCCCCUCCUGGAGAAAUGAUCUCUUUGGGAGUAAUUAGCGAAGGUCAAUUUGGACUUCCUGAGGGGAUUGUCUAUUCAAUGCCCAUAAGGUUUGAGAAUGGCAGCUGGGAGAUCUAUACAGAAAUAGAAAUUAAUGAAAAAACUCAAUCGUAUCUUCUGAUCCUGGCCUGUGAUCUCAUUCGGUUUGGAUAA